AUUGAAUAGACACGCUACUAUCAUCUUUUUCUCGUAUUGUUUUCAUGGCCGUUUCGAACUUCUUCCCUAACCUCCAAAUUUCCCCUCAAUUUCUGGUGCCCCAACCAUUUUCCCUCGGAUUUUCCCGCACUUUCCCUGUUGCGACUCCUCUAUGCAGAGCUUUCCGAGAAUGGCGCGAGUACGAGGAGGCGGUGAAGCGGAAGGACCUUGCCGGAGCUCUGAGGUUCCUGAAGUCCCUCGAAAGGGAACGCCAAGAGCCGCUCGUAGACGGCGUUUCUCCGGCAACUGAGUUGGCUCGGCUACGGUUCCUCGAGUCGGAACGGUUCGGGCCGCAGAGGGAUUGGGAGGUUCUAGACACGUGCUUGAACGCUGACGACAUGAAGCUUGUUGCUAACGCUUACAAGUUCCUCAAAGAUAGGGGUUUCUUGCCCAAUUUCGGCAAAUGCAGAAACAUUGUUUUGGAGGGACCGAGGAAAGUGACACCGGAUGUCUUGAGCUACUCAACUGGUUUAGAAGUGACUAAACUUGCUCCCAAGAAGUGGGGUCUUUCAGAUGGUUCAAAUAUUGUUUUGGCUGCAUUUCUUGGUGCGGUUUCCUUUCUUAUAACACAAGGAAUUGACCUCAGGCCCAAUCUUGCAGUGGUAUUGGGUCUAGCCACUGCAGAUGCUAUAUUUCUCGGCGGUACUUGUUUAGCUCAAAUCUCAAGUUACUGGCCACCAUUUAGGCGCCGAAUUCUUGUUCAUGAAGCUGGACAUCUAGUAACAGCUUACCUAAUGGGUUGCCCAAUUCGGGGGGUGAUUUUAGACCCUAUAGUUGCAAUGCAAAUGGGCAUUCAAGGACAGGCAGGGACUCAAUUUUGGGAUGAAAAACUUGCUAAUAACCUAGCUGAAGGCCGACUUGAUGGUACAACUUUUGAUAGGUACUGCAUGGUACUUUUUGCUGGUAUUGCAGCUGAAGCGCUUGUAUACGGUGAGGCAGAGGGUGGAGAAAAUGAUGAAAAUCUAUUUAGAGGCAUCUGUCUUCUUCUUGAUCCUCCGUUGUCAACAGCUGAGAUGUCCAACCAAGCAAGAUGGUCAGUUUUGCAGUCAUAUAAUUUGCUCAAGUGGCAUAGAGCUGCGCACCGAGCUGCUAUUAAAGCAUUGGAAAGCGGUGGCAGCAUGAGUGUUAUAAUUAGGAGUAUCGAGGAGACUCUGUAUUGUAAAAUAUGAGCCUCAGAAGCUUAUACAUAAGAAACAUUUUCUUUUUCAAAGUUGCUUACAGGGUUCUGAAUAUGGAUCUGACGUGACACUGCUUUUUCUCUGUAUGUACUACAUAGCAUAUAUUAUGCAGAUGGUCCACAUACGUUACGCCUUGUCUACCAAAGCAGACAUCAAUUAAAGGAAUAAUGUCUGUUUCAACCAGUGACCGUUAUGUUCCGAGGCUGGUCCUAACUUGCACCGAACAUUGUUAAAUGAAUGAUACCAGUAGAGACAGUCAUCGUGAGAACGGUGCCAUCCCUUGCUUUGUCUUGGUUUAUGCUACCAUGGCUUGGCAACCCAGUAGGUAGGUACAUGCAAAGGGCUAUUUGUUACCAUUUGAGAUUGAACUCAGCGAAGGAAACAUGUUGAUCAGCACUUGACAGUCGGAGAAAACUGGCUGCUUUUAGCUGUAAGUUCCUUUUCCUUUUGUUUUAUUUUCUGUUACGGAUAGAUGACAUAUGGUGCUGUACGAAGGGCUUCGUAGGUUGUUAAAAUUAGGUAAGGGAAAUUUUUUCUCACACCCAUUCUUUUUUGUUUUUUUAUAGUACUGAUCUCUCUGCAAUGAACAAUGUAUUCGUGUUUGAUUGUGUUCUUAUAAAAGGUUGAGAUGUACUCAUGCUCUUUCAAUUUGUCUACUUACACUCUUCAAGCCAAUACGUUUCCGAGUACCUUCGCCUACGUGUAUGUGAGAUUGUCGAAUAUCUGUAGACAUCUCUUUGCAUUGAAAUUGCUUUGAAAUAAGAGUUACGACAAAUUUAACUAACAGUAUUUACAAUUUUCAAACUUCACUUCUAUAAAAUUUAAUUUUGUGAUGUUUAUAACAUUAUGCAGAGCCGCCACACUUACAAAGUGACGUUUAUCACGUUCAAACAGACAUUGUGUUGUUCAUUGCAUACUUUAUUCUUUUAGUUCCACGUCAAUUAACUAUGAGAU